AUGUCUCAACCAACGGGCUAUGAGCUACGCGAGUUUCCUGUGACCGGUCCGCCACCGUAUCCGCAUCCACCACCGGCGCUAGGCGGCUAUCACCAGCCCCAACCUGGACAAAAUCCGGGGUAUCCAGCCCAUCAACACUCGACUCCAUAUGCAAAUCCCGCGCAAAAUACUGGAGCCGGAAAUCACAAUAAAAACGAGCUGCGCCUUCGCAUCGAUCCGAUGCCUGCCGGGCCGUCCUAUAACCUCUAUGGCCCAAACCCAGACAAUUCACCCGCGCAACCCCCUGCCGUCGCCUACGAAAACCCAGCCGAAGAAGAUGAAGAAGAGGAUUCGGGUUUUGAGGCUGGCUACGCGCACGCCAUGUCUCAACUGGAAGUAAUGCCACGGCUCCGGACCUGCCCUCGUUAUUUGCUGUGGACGGCCCUCAUUGCCUACGGCAUCUUCGGCUUCAUCGACGUCUUCGUGGGGUACUUCGCGGCUGACGAGCAGGUGAAAAACCUGAUAACCGCUCGUUCCGGUUCCGGCAAGCACAAAGAGUGGGCCGCAAAGUACGAUCGUCUCUCCCAAACGGUCCCCGUCGUCCUCUCAAUCGGCCUCUGGCUCAUGUCCCUAUGUGGGUUGUCGCGCAGACAGGUCGCCGUGCUGUACCCGUACAUGGGCGCUCAGAUGCUACGUAUCCUUGUGAUACUGAAUCCCCCUGCGGGUGCAGCUUGGGCAGAGCAUUGUGGACCUCCCGCUCUCCUCAGCGCCGUUGCCACGAUCAUUUCAUGCUCGUGGCUGCUCUGCUCUGACUGGAAACUGCUGAAUAAGAACAUCAAAAUAACA